UCGGACAUGGCAUUCCCUCGAAUUCUUAAUUGGCAUUUUUCACAAGUGCCAAGAUUUGAGAAGGCCACUGAACUCUUCGAUCAUCGUGAUUAUCCCGUUCAUGGCUUAAUGAAUGUGACUGAAGUUGAGCAUGCAUAUAUCGGCAACUUGGCAUUGGAUGUACAUCAUGACAGUACUCCAUACAAUGUUGCACCUGCUAUUCGAGACAAGCCACCACAGGCAAGUCAUGAUGAAAAAGAUGAAGGUAUUCCACUUACAAGAAGUGGAAUAAGUAAGAAACGGAAAGAGGCGUCUGUGGAAAUUAUGGGAAAAGGAGGGAGGCGGCGAAUGGGACAUAAGCCGACAGACCAGCCUUGUUCAUCGACUGCAGGAGUUGCUGCUCAUGUUCAUGUUAAACCAAUGACUCCAUCCCAACCUCCAACGACUCCAUCCCAACCUCCAACGACUCCAUCCCAUGAUGAGGUACCUUUGAGAGAGAGAUUAACAAUCCUUGAAGGCGAAGUGGCUAGUGUACGGCAAGACGUUAAGGAUUUACGAAUCGCCAUGCUUAGAGAGUUUGCAAGUUUGGACACCAAGCUUGAUAAGUUAAUGAAGCACCAAGGAGUGGGAGUUAGUGCUGACGGGUUGGGAGAUGGAAUGGACGGUCAAGGGGAUGAAAAUAAAGGAGAGUAUGGUCCCGAUGCGACCCCCGUUGAUAGACAGUCACAGCCAUAUGUUGACGACGAUGCAGGACCAAGUGUUACGAUUAUUGAGAAAGUGUCUCCAUCAAAGUUUCCUGCCGGGAGAUGUGCAAGAAAGGUAGCAGCUGCUAAGCAAAACAUAGAUAUUGGGAGGAGGGAUAGGAAGGCGGCAGCAGCUAUUACAACUCCUUAUAGUGUCGGAGGCUUGCGGAAAAAACUACAGCGCACUUUACCUGGUGCAUCUUCUACUUUGAAGUUCGACCCAUACAAACCAGUACCUACGCGACUUGUAAAAAAUUUUGACAAAUUUAUGAAGUCUGGUUGGGCAUCAAAGGUUGAUAUGGACAUUUUGACUGCGGGUAAAGACUUUUUCCAGUUGCUUAUAAACAGUGAAAAGUGGCUGAAUCACGAUCAUAUGGAAGUCCUGCCUUACCUAUUUCGUGUACGUGCCAAUCAAUUUCCUGAUAUUUUUUAUCCUAGUUUUGAGGUGCUAGAUGGAGGAUUUUGGGUAUACAUUGAGCAAUGUCAUGGAAAGUUCAUCGACAAUCCAUCUAAGUUCCAAUUCUCAUACGCAAUGCAAGAAUAUGUGCUGGGGAUUCGAAUGAAGGAGUCCAAGCCAUGGAAAUACGUAAAUCAUUUGUUGAUUCCACUAAACAAGCGCAACAUACAUUGGGUGGUAGGGCACGUGGACUUAAAAGAGCGUCGCAUGACUGUAUAUGAUUCAGAUAAGACUGGUAACCGAUACAAGGGACAAAUUUAUUUCCAGAAAUUAUGCAUAAUGUUACCAUAUUUACUGCGGUCUGCAUCCUUUUAUGAGCAGCGGCCGGAUUUUGUAGACUCCGUUGACGAGUUUACAUGUGAAUUGGCACAAAAUACCCCUCAGCAAAGUAACGGUGGUGACUGUGGCAUAUUUACACUCAAGACCAUCGAAUUCUUACAUGCUAGAUUACCAUUGACAUUCACACAAGAUAACAUGGAGUUCUUUAGGAAGAAGUAUGCAUAUGAGGUUUACAACAAAGAACUUAGCAUAUGAGCUGCGUGGUGAUGCUUUUUUCUUUCCUUUUUUCAUGUUUAUAGAUGCAUAUUAUUUAUUAUAUUUGACUUUUAAUUGUAAAUAUAAUGGUGGCUUAUAAUGUUCAUUUAACAAAGAUAACAAUGUGGUAUUGAUGUAAUGAUAAGUAAUUGACCUUAUAGGAAAUGUGCCAUGUUUAUUUA